CCGUGAUCCACUCAGCCAAUGAGUAGCUUGUACCUGCAGCCGUUUGCAGCUCUGCAGCAACAAGAGGUCACUACACUUGAAAGCGUGGAGGGGAGCGCAGCAGCAGCCUGCAGCAGUCGUAUCUGUUAGGCCUGUAUACGCACAUAGAGAGACAUCACACAACAGCAGGGUUUUUUUUUCUUUUUCUUUUCUUUUUAUUUGACAACCGAUUGCAAUGUCGCGGCAAAACAACAACGCCGUGGCCGUGGAGAGACGCAUGGAUCUGGCCUCGCUUUUCUGCAUGAUCGGGCGGCACGGUCCCGCUGUGGCUCUGGCUGUGAUACUGAUGGUGUCCGUGGUGGCGGGUUUCAUCAUCUACCGGACCGUGAGGGGGAAGCGGAGGAAGGCCACAGCCGCAGCCGACGGCGCUGACAGCAAGAGCGAAGAGAGAGAGGAGAGAGACGCAUCGGUGAUACAGGAGCCGGACCCGGAGGAACCACACAGACCAGCGGAGUCAACAGAUUUGAGUGACAAUGGCUCAUCAGAUGUGCUAAAGGAGGAUGCUGAUUUGAUUUUGAAUGAUAUCAAAAUCAGGCAGCGUCGUGCUGGUGCCACUGCUGCUGCUGCUGCUGCUGCUGCUGCUGAGAAGAAACCAUCACUUUGUUCUCUCCCCAAGAGUAACGUCCAAGUACCACUCAACAAGCAUACCACUUCAGGUGACACAGAGGACAUGGCAGUCAUUCAAGACUCUUAUAAAGUAACUGAGACGUAUGCAGAGGAUGCCAAAGAGAGCGUGCAAAGUGAUACUUACACGGUGGCUGAAAUGGAGGUGGAGGAUGCUGUUGAUUUGCACCAGUGUGCAACAGAUGAUGGUGUAAAGGAGGAAGCAGAGAUCAAUGAUAUUGACAGCCGCAUGAAAGAGCCUGAGCUGAAAAAUGAUGAGAGCUGCCAUGAGGAAGAAAAGAAAGUGUUUAAAGCAGAAUUCCGGGAAGAUGAGGAUGUGACCACAGACAAGGAUGUUUCUGACAAGAAAACCAGGCAAGAGGAGGAAAGCUUUCAGUGUGCUUUGAGCAGCCCGGUAUGCUUUGAACAAAUGCUUCAUAUGAGUGAAGAUGAUGACAAUGACAAACUACAAGAUAAUAAAACCACGCUGGAGACAAACACAGUGGAGUCCACCUUUAAAGAGCCUGUCACACAUAUUGACAAUUUACCUGUCACCUGCCUCUCUGAUGACAAAGAUGAGGACUUUGAGGAAGAGAAACACCAUCUAGAUAGUAUUGAUUACAGUAAAUAUUCCAGCAGUAAUCACCUCUCUACAGAAGAAGAAAAGAAAAAUGAGGUUGAGGAAGCAGAAGAGGAGUCUGUAAACGAUCAUGUAAUUUCUCAACAACCUGAGAUCUCGUCCUCAACAUUUGAACAAGAAACAACACUGCUACCUUCACAGCAGGACCAAUGUGAUCAUAGCAUGGAUGUGGUGGUGGAUGAAGAAGAAAAGAAAAGUGAGGUUGAGGAAGCAGAAGAGGAGACUGUAGACUACCAGGUAAAAUCUCAAGAAGCUGAGAUCUUGUCCUCAACAUUUGAACAAGAAACAACCCUGCCAUCUCCACAGCAGGACCAAUGUGAUCAGAGGAUAGAUGUGGUGGUCGACAAAGAAGAAAAGAAAAGUGAGGUUGAGGAAGCAGAAGAGGAGUCUGUAAACUAUCAGGUAAUUUCUCAACAACCUGAGAUCGUGUCCUCAACAUUUGAACAAGAAACAACCCUGCCAUCUUCACAGCAGCACCAAUGUGAUCAUAUGACUGAUGUGGUGGAGGAAGAAAAGAAAAGUGAGGUUGAAGAAGUGGAAGAGGAGUCUGUAGACUACCAGGUAAUUUCUCAACAAGCUGAGAUCUGGUCCUCAACAUUUGAACAAGAAACAACCCUGCCAUCUUCACAGCAGGACUUAUGGGAUCAUAGGAUGGACGUGGUGGCGGACAAAGAAGAAAAGAAAAGUGAGGUUGAGGAAACAGAAGACGAGUCUGUAGACUACCAGAUAAUUUCUCAACAAGCUGAGCUCUGGUCGUCAACAUCUGAACAAGAAACAACCGUGCCAUCUUCAGAGCAGGACCAAUAUUAUCAUAGCACAGACGUGGCGGCACUGCCCAUUCAGGAUAGUGAAGCUGAAGUGUUUGAAAAAGAUACAGAUAAAGACCCAACAGACAAUCUUACUGCUGUCGAAUUCGAUGCUCACUCACUACAGUUUAAAGAGGAAGAACUGCAAAUUGAAGAAAAUGGUCUCACAUGUAAUCAAGAGGUUGGUGUUCUUCCUGCUGGGACUGAUCAAGUGAUAGAGAAUAUACUGACUAGUGACAAUGUCGUUGUCUGUGGUGAAGACAGUUCAACAAUGGCGCUCAGCCCUGUUCUGCCCUGUUUGAGCGAUCCUGUAAAGGUUGUUAAUCUUGAUGACGGUCUGUCAAGUGUCACCACUGAUGCAAAAGCUCAUAUCUCAAGCAUUGCAGAUUUCCCUGACUUAUCAUUGGAUUGUCAACAAGCACAGAAAGAAGAUAAAAUAGUUGCCACUCUCGAAGACACUGACUCUGCUAAUGUUAACACUCAAAUGCCAUUGCAUGAGACAGAAAAUCAGCCUGAAAGCAAUGAAAAUGGAACAACCACUGUGCUGGCUGAAGAAUGUAUUGACCAAGUCUAUGAAUCUCAUGUUUCACCCAGCUGCAAAGAGGAGCAAAGUGUCCAAUUGAUAAAUAAUGAUUCUUUUGACAAAGCAGAUGUUGCUUGUUCUGACAUAGAUACAAAUGUUCCUGCUUCUCUAAUGACAGAAGAAAUAUCUUGUCCUCACCUGCCAUCCAUCUACCAAGGCUGCCAAAGUGAACACAUGGAAACAAAUGAGACUUUUGAUGAGACGGUUGUUAACUCUGUGACUGAAGCAGCUGUUAGUGACAAUGCUAGCAUUGGCGUACUUGAAAUGUCAGAAGAAAUAUCUCAUCCUCAUCUGCUGGCUGCCUCUCAAGACCAACAAAGUAGCCAAACACAAAAUAACAAAGAUUUUUCAGAAGUUACCACUGGUCUUGCUCCCGUCAUGACCGAUGACAUUAACCCUACCAUGUGUCAACUUCACCUGCUGUCUUUUGAACAAAAUGUGCUGAGUCCUGACAUAUCAUCUCCUGGUGUUGGUGAAGAGAGUGGGAUUUCAAGCAUGGCUGUUAGCCCUGAUUUACAAGAUGUUGGUAAUGAAUUUGAAACUAUUGUUACAAAUAUUGCACUUCCUGUGAAAGAUUAUGAUCCACAGCCGGAGGAACACACUGAGGCUCAAAAAUGCUUCUUUACUGAGGAUGUAGCUGUAUCUGUCAUCAAGGAAGAUACAGCAGGUAUGGUGUUUGGCCCUUACCCAUCACAUCUUCCUCAGCAACUCCAAAGCGAACAUACAGAUAGGAUUAACUAUGAAUCAUUUGCAGCCAACGAAGACAUGUUUGGCCAAGACAUUGAGGAUGGCUAUCAAAGAGUGAUGGACCAGUUUGUGGUGCCGAUUGCAAGCAAUGUUACUAGCUUAACUGAUGAGCUAAAAACACAGCCAGACAUGAAAGCUGUUGUUGAGGUUGUAGAGAUAAAGGAGAAGAAGGAAGCAGUAAGGGCUGAAAAGAAAGAGGCAGCAGAAGCAGAUGAGGAAAAAGAUGAGGAUUAUGAAAAGACGGAAAUUAGUAUCAUGGAGGCAACUAUGGACAAUAAUGAGUGGAUCACGGAUAGCAACUACCAAGUCCUUCCCUGGAUGAACCUUUCUGCCCCAGCUUUGGUCCAACACCAUACCAGCCAAAAAACCAACCAACUUCCCACGGAGGAAGGCCAGCACAGCCCUUCUCUUGCAGAUGUUAUUUGUAGAGAUACAGAUACCCUACCCUCCACUGACGUCAAACAAACCAGCACUCUCGCUCUUGUUGAGGAAAACACAGAAAAAAAGGUUGUGGCUGUCCAGCCCAUGCCUCAGAAUGUCAAUGUGAUCUUUCGAGUCCACUAUCUCACCCAAUCGCCAUACCAGACGGUGGCCGUCACGGGGAACCAGCAGGAGCUGGGGAACUGGAAGGAAUUCAUCCCUCUAGAGAGGGCCAAGGACGGGCACUGGGCCACUGUGGUCAGCCUCCCCGCAGAGAGCCAUGUGGAGUGGAAGUUUGUGGUUGUGGACAAAGGUGAGGUGUGUCGCUGGGAGGAAUGUGGCAACCGCCUCCUCGAAACAGGAUACGGAGAUGACCUGGUUGUGCACAAAUGGUGGGGAUUCCUGUGAGAGAGGGUGAAGGAAUAUGCUGCAAAGGUGUGAGGAAGAUUGAGAGUGACAUGUACAGCACAGUAAGCUUUGAUAGAGAAACUGGACCAGAUAAAGUUUGAGAUUUUUGUACAGCCUGUCACAAGACACACAUGUUGAUACAGUAGAUUAAAAUGACACCUAAAAACUAAUUUAUACUGGAUCAUAUGAUAAAUACAUGUUAGUAGGCAUUGCUUUGGUAGUUUGACAGUCAAAAGACAUCCAGACAACUAGGUUCAAACAGGUCUUUUAAAUAGUUUUUUAAAAUGUCUUGGUUACAUAUAAUUAACUGUUGUUUCAAUAACUAUGAACUAACUAUAUUUUAGUGCUGGAUUGAUUAGUAUUACAACAGAUAAUUAACAAUGUUGAUAAUAGAUUCAUUGUUUAAGUAUUUUUUUCAUUUAUACACAUGUAGUGUAUAAAAAUAUAUAUAAAAAUGUUUUUCAAAUCAAGCCCAAUUUUAAAUAUCUGUCUUUUGGUCUGCAAAUUUCCAGCACCACGAUUUCUGUCAUCUAAUAGGACUUUUCUUCGAGGAUUGCCCUCUAAUAGCCAGUGAUCAAAUCAAUAUUUUAAGUGAACUGAAAAGAUAGGCAAAACACAGAAGCAUUACUGUACAUAAAACAUGUUUUUUCCCUGUAUAUGCAAUAUGCACGUCUUUAAAAGUGGGUGAUUUAAUGCAAGUGUUUAAUUUGUAUAAAUGGAGACUUUAUUAUACUGUCCAUAUGCUGCUUCAAUACUCCCUAACAAUUUAUGAGAAUAAAUGCACAUAGUUCACUUUGACUACAGCAAUAAUCAAAGCAAUAAUUGUUCAUUAUAUUGUAUGAAUGGUGUUCUAUCAGGUAUUAUAAUGUGGUUACCACUAAACUGUGAUAUAGUUGUAACUUGCUGCUUUUAUCUUGUGGGACUCUGUGCAUGCAAAAUGGUCUCACUGUUGUUUUAUGACUGUGCCUUUUUAAAAAUGAUGUUCUACUAAUGUGUUAUAAUGCAUCAAAUCAGUGCGGCUUUUCUUUUUAAAACAGCGUUGCUGGCUUUUUUUUCUGUGUAUCACUAAAACUUUUACUGAAUUACUUAUGAUUAAUGACUAAUGAUUCAAUUAUUUUUUCAAAACAAAUGCUGUCAGUUUUUUUGGUCAUUUUAUUUCUUAAACGGUGUAGACUAUUAUCUCAGAUCUCACCAGAGUAUAUUAUUAUGCAAUAUGAUGAUGAUAAUGGUACUUGAAUGUACAUGUCAAAUAAACUAAUCCUCCAGGUCUGUCAUAGCUGGAAAUAUAUGUUUCUUAUAAAUGUGAAUUUAUUGCAAAAGCAGAUAUUUGGAGAUAAUUGCAAGUGUUCGUUCCAAUAUGAAAAAUGUGUCUCACAAAAUAAAAAUGCAUAA